GAGCUUGCGGCGCGUUCGGUCCCUCGCGCACGGGGCUGCCUUUGUCCCACUGGCCGAGCGGCUGAGGCGAUGCUGUCGUCGGGGAAGAAAGUGGCCGCGGCGGCGGCGGCGGCGGAUGCCCCAGUCGGCGGGGGCGGCGCUGGGGGCGAUGGCGCUCCCGAAGCCCCGGUGCCCCCUCCGCCGCCUCCCCCUCCUCCGCCGCCUCUCUCCAGCUCCUUGGGCCCAGCGGAGGGCGGCGGCGGCGCUUCGGGGGCCUCGGAGCGCACGCCCCGCAAGAAGGAGCCGCCGCGCGCCUCGCCGCCUGGGAGCUUAUCCGAGCCGCCGCCGGCCGGGCCCGGGCCUGCAGUGGGCUCCGAGACCACCGGCAUCGCCGAGACCCCUGAAGGCCGCCGGACCAGCCGCCGGAAGCGGGCCAAGGUAGAAUAUAGAGAAAUGGAUGAGAGCCUUGCUAACCUUUCUGAAGAUGAGUAUUACUCUGAAGAAGAAAGGAAUGCUAAAGCGGAGAAAGAGAAAAAGCUGCCCCCUCCGCCUCCGCCACCACCUCCUGAGGAAGAGAAUGAAAGUGAGCCAGAAGAGCCAUCUGGGCAAGCAGGAGGACUUCAAGACGACAGUUCUGCAGGGUAUGGAGACUGCCAAGCAUCAGGUGUGGAGGGUGCAGCUUUCCAGAGCCGACUUCCACAUGAUCGGAUGACAUCACAAGAAGCAGCGUGUUUUCCAGAUAUUAUUAGUGGACCACAACAAACUCAGAAGGUGUUUCUUUAUAUCAGAAAUCGGACGUUGCAGCUUUGGUUGGAUAACCCAAAGAUUCAGUUGACAUUUGAGGCAACACUACAGCAGUUGGAACCACCCUAUAAUAGUGAUACUGUGCUAGUUCACCGAGUACACAGCUAUCUGGAACGGCAUGGCUUAAUCAAUUUUGGCAUCUACAAAAGAGUGAAGCCCCUACCAACCAAGAAGACUGGCAAGGUGAUCAUUAUUGGUUCUGGAGUCUCUGGCUUGGCAGCAGCCCGCCAGCUACAGAGCUUUGGGAUGGAUGUCACACUCUUAGAAGCAAGGGAUCGUGUAGGGGGCCGAGUUGCAACUUUUCGCAAAGGAAACUAUGUUGCAGAUCUAGGAGCCAUGGUAGUAACAGGACUUGGAGGAAACCCCAUGGCUGUGGUGAGCAAGCAAGUAAACAUGGAAUUGGCCAAAAUAAAACAAAAAUGUCCACUUUAUGAAGCCAAUGGCCAAGCAGUUCCGAAGGAGAAGGAUGAAAUGGUAGAGCAAGAGUUUAAUCGUUUGCUGGAAGCCACCUCAUAUCUCAGCCACCAACUGGACUUCAAUGUCCUCAAUAACAAACCUGUCUCUCUGGGUCAGGCUCUGGAAGUUGUCAUACAAUUACAGGAGAAGCACGUGAAAGAUGAACAGAUUGAACACUGGAAGAAGAUAGUGAAAACUCAAGAAGAACUUAAAGACCUCCUUAAUAAGAUGGUGAACUUAAAAGAGAAAAUAAGGGAGCUCCACCAGCAGUACAAGGAGGCAUCCGAAGUAAAACCACCCCGAGACAUUACUUCGGAAUUCCUUGUGAAGAGCAAGCAUAGAGAUCUUACUGCUCUCUGCAAGGAGUAUGAUGAAUUGGCAGAAACACAAGCAAAGCUGGAAGAGAAGCUUCAGGAACUAGAAGCCAAUCCCCCAAGUGAUGUUUAUUUAUCAUCAAGGGAUAGACAGAUUCUUGACUGGCAUUUUGCAAAUCUCGAGUUUGCAAAUGCCACACCGCUGUCUACUCUGUCGCUGAAACAUUGGGACCAGGAUGAUGACUUUGAAUUCACAGGCAGUCAUCUGACGGUGAGAAAUGGCUAUUCCUGUGUGCCUGUUGCUCUGGCCGAAGGUUUAGACAUUAAGCUAAACACAGCCGUUCGACAGGUUCGCUACACAGCUUCAGGAUGUGAAGUGAUAGCUGUCAACACCCGCUCCACUAGCCAGACGUUUAUUUAUAAGUGCGAUGCUGUUCUGUGCACCCUUCCCUUGGGAGUGCUAAAACAGCAGCCUCCUGCAGUACAGUUUGUGCCUCCUCUUCCGGAGUGGAAGACAUCUGCUGUGCAGAGAAUGGGAUUUGGAAACCUGAACAAGGUUGUACUGUGUUUUGACCGCGUGUUUUGGGACCAGACCGUUAACUUGUUUGGUCAUGUCGGCAGCACGACCGCCAGCAGAGGAGAGCUUUUCCUGUUUUGGAACCUUUACAAAGCACCAAUUCUUCUGGCUUUGGUAGCAGGUGAAGCAGCUGGAAUCAUGGAGAACAUCAGUGACGAUGUCAUUGUCGGACGCUGCCUUGCGAUUCUCAAGGGCAUUUUUGGCAGCAGCGCUGUCCCUCAGCCCAAGGAGACGGUGGUAUCUCGUUGGCGGGCCGAUCCUUGGGCCCGAGGUUCCUAUUCCUAUGUCGCAGCUGGAUCUUCAGGAAAUGAUUAUGACUUGAUGGCUCAGCCAAUUACUCCAGGACCAGCCAUUCCAGGAGCUCCCCAGCCAAUUCCUCGCCUGUUCUUUGCCGGUGAACAUACGAUCCGCAACUACCCUGCCACUGUUCACGGAGCUCUGCUGAGUGGACUGAGAGAAGCUGGGCGCAUUGCAGACCAGUUUCUCGGUGCAAUGUACACUCUGCCUCGCCAAGCCACCCCUGUGGCCACUGCACAGCAGGCUCCUGCCAUGUAACAGUGCUAGAAGUGGUGCAGUGGGCUCAGAAUGCUUUGCAAGGACUUGUCGUUAGGAGCAAGUGGUCUUCCUGGUCUGUAGCACUACUGGUUGGAAGGCGGAACCAGGAGUCGAAAGCAUCACCCCUGUUGGGCGGCCUGCCAAAGACAUCCACCACCUGAGAAUGCAGUUCCAGUCCAAUCCCAGUUCACUGGAGUGGUGCUUGUGCUCCCCUGAAAUACAGACUCCUGGUCUCUCUUGGGUGGGAUCUAUUUUGGUACAGAACUGUGUUUGGUUGUUUCUUCCCAGGGUUUAGAACUCUUGUAAGUUAGCUACUGUUAGGAAUUAAAAGAUUGUCUUAGGUGGAUUUUGUUUUGGAAAUUAAAAAAUAAAACAUCCUUUUUUUAAAAAAAACAAGCGAACCACAACCAAAA